CAUGGAGGAGAUAGCCAAACAAGUGGAGGAGACAUCUACUCUGUGUGACACUACACAGGCAAAGGAACAACUGCCAUGAAAUGACAGACUGACGCACCGGAGGGAGAUUGGUCCGUUUUCCCAGCGCUCAGUGAAGCCACCAGUUUCUCCUCACUGAGCUGUGACGCAGCCGGGAGGAGGGCUCCGCCGCGCGCAUAAAUAAGCAGCUCCUAUACCGGACUUCAGACAGAAACACACAGCAGAGCCAAACGCGAGCAUCUGAGCUGAUAGAGGGCGGUUCAACUUGCCUUUUUACGCACAACAUCCAGAGAAAAGCAAAGUGUAAUCAUGAUCAAGAAGAUGUCGCCGUCCGAAAGCGAUUUUGACAUCCCAGCAAAGAACUGCUACAGGAUGGUGAUUUUGGGAUCCACCAAAGUUGGGAAAACGGCCAUCGUGUCUCGUUUUCUGAACGGGAGGUUCGAUGAGCAGUACACGCCGACCAUCGAGGACUUUCACAGGAAACUGUACAGCAUCAAGGGAGACGUUUACCAGCUUGACAUACUGGAUACAUCAGGGAACCACCCUUUCCCCGCCAUGAGGAGACUAUCCAUACUGACAGGCGACGUUUUCAUCCUCGUCUUCAGUCUGGACAACAGAGACUCCUUCCAGGAGGUGCAGCGGCUCAAGCGUCAAAUCUUCGAGACCAAGUCGUGCCUGAAAAACAAAAUAAAAGAGAACAUCGACGUGCCUCUGGUGAUCUGCGGGAACAAGGGCGACCGAGAGUUUUACCGGGAGGUGCAGCAGGAAGAGAUCGAGCAGCUGGUGGCUGGGGACGAGAAGUGCGCUUACUUCGAGAUCUCCGCCAAGCGCAACGAGAACGUGGAUAAGAUGUUUCAGACUCUGUUCACCCUGGCCAAGCUACCUCACGAAAUGAGCCCCGACCUCCACCGGAAAGUGUCCGUGCAGUACUGCGACAUGCUGCACAGAAAGUCGCUCAAAAACAAGAAGAUGAAGGACAUUGGGGAGGCGUAUGGUAUGGUGACUCCGUGCGCACGGAGACCCAGCGUGCACAGCGAUCUCAUGUACAUUAAAGAGAAAGCUAUAGGCGGCGGCCAGGGGAAAGACAAAGAGAGAUGUGUGAUCAGCUAAGCAGAGCGUGAUGCAUAAACUCAACACAGAUCUUUGAAUGAAGGAACCUGGUGCGUCAGCUUGAGAGGCGACCCGUGCAGCCGGCUGCGCUCAGACUGACACGGGAGGUGUGGAGACGCAGGGGCCGCCGCCGCGCGCUCUGACACAGGCGCCCUCUCCAGGGACACUGACUGGACACGCGAGUCCGCUCGGAGAAAACGCAAAACAGACAUUUUAGAGAAUGUUUGCUUGUGCUGUCAAUCAGAGCCCAAUGUGACGUGGCUUCAUACCUUGUGAGACUCGCGCAUCAAUGCGUAAAAUGUGUUUUGUUGACGUCAUGCCUUUACAGAUGCCAAAGGGGAGAGAGAAUAGACCUUGGCUCAGAAAGUGCAAUGUUUGGGGG